AUGGGAAGGCAUAUAGAAUGUAAAAAAAAAAAUUUGAAGUUUUAAGAUAAAUAAAGUCCUUGGUUAAUUGGCUAUCGAGAUCCAGUAUCAUAAAUAAAUGUUUUGCAAUCAUGUAUUGCGUUAACUUAAUUAACAGGAGACGGGGAAAGUAGACUAAUAAUAGCAGAUUAAGACAACCGCCUAUUAUCUUACAAAGGUAUUAAUAUUGAUUAGAAGUUAAGUUUACAGGAUACUCCAAUAGCACUAGCAUAUUAUUAUCCUGAAUAGUAAUAAUUGCCACAACCAAUAUUAGCUUUAGCUGCAAAUAAUCAUGUUUACUUUCAUUAAAAUAUGUAAAGAAUAUUUAGAUUUACAUUACCAAACAUUGAAAUGAGUCAAAAAGAAAAAGAAAUAUGGUAAUUAUUUGAUGGAAAAAAAGAAGCUAUAACCAAAAUGAUUGAAAAAUGGAAUCAAUUAAAAGAACAAUAGCAAUAAGAUCUCACAUAUUUAACUUUAGAAGUUCUAUAUUAAUCAAAACCAUAAAAACAAUAUGAACUUAUAUUGUAAUAAAAAUUUGAGAAUUCAUAAUAUAGUAUACCUGAUACUACUACAUGUUUAGGAACCUUAUAUAAUUCAUUAAUAUCUGAAUUUUCUGCCCAAAACUUAAUUAUUGGCACAGAAAAUAAAAUGCUUUAUAUAAUGGAAACGAAUGGAAUGAAAAUAUAAACAUAAUUACAAUUAACUGACGUGCCUAUAUCUAUUAUUACAAUAGGAACUUAUUAAGCAGUUCAAACAGUUUUAUUAGGGAAUGAUAUUUAUGUAGCAACUAUGAAUGAAGUUCUCUAAUGUUAUAAUAAUAAAGGAUUAAAAUAAUUUUCUUUAAAAACCAAUUCUGAUAUUGUUUGUAUUGAACCUUUAGUAUUUGGAUAAUCAAAAUAGACAUAAGGCAUUUUAGUAGGUCUAGAUAAUGCUGAACUUAGAUUAUAUAUAUAAAAAUAACUUAUCCAUAUAUUAAAAUUAGAUGGUAUAAUAAGUGCUAUGAAAUUUGGUCCUUUUGGAAGAGAAGAAGGAAUGUUAGUAAUGAUUUUGAAAAAUAAAGGUCUUGAUAUUCAAGAUGAAAUACCUUUGAGUGUUCCUAAAAAAACUAAACUUUUUAUAGAAAAUACAUUAAGACAUCGUGAAAAUUAUACCUAAAUCCAUAAAAGUUUUCAAAAAGACAUAAUGAAGAUGAGAUUGAAAACAGCAUAAACUUAUCUUAGUUUACUAGAAGAAUCUAAUAAUAAUAACCUUAUAAAAAACGGAGAAAUAAAUAUUAGAAUUUAAGCAAAUAUUAAAGGUUUAGGACCAUUGCCUUUUAUAAUAUAAUGCAUAAAAAAAUCAAAUUAUAUAAGUAUAGAUUUUGAGUUUACUGGUCUUUAUAGGCAUUAUGACUUAAUUUAUAAUAAAUAUGAUACAAUAUAAUAAAGAUAUUUUGCAACUAAAGAAAAUAUAAAAGACUUUUAACCAAUUUAACUUGGAUUAUGUUGUUUUUAGAUUCACAAUAAUGAAAAAAUCGAAGCAUUUCCAUUUAAUAUAUACAUUAGUCAAUAUGAACUUAUGGAAAAUAAUGAUAAUAACAUUAUGUGUAUAAUAUACUAGCCUUGA